UAAGAAUUAACUUUAUUAGUCAUUCGUUGAUAAUAUUGUCCAAAAAUUAGGACUGUGGUAUCAUUUACACAUGUGGGAUACUAUAGUGCUAUUUAUGAGUAGCAUGACAUUCAUCAACUAAUCCAAUAGGUUUCUCUGUGAUAGGCUGGUCGAUGUUCUUACCAUGUAAUUUUAUUUCAAUCAAGACUCAUAAUUAUAAGUCAAUACUUCUCAACCUCAAAUUCUAACCACUCAUAAACACCACAUUACUUUAUAUCUCUUACUAAGUAAGAAGAAAUCAUAAUAGCGGGUGAUUAUCGUUGCGUUUUUUGAAGCUGUCUGGCUACUGUAUUUCACAUGAGGCAGUUCAGUGUUUAACACCAAUCUAUUGUCGACUGAUACAUGUCUGGUUGACAUUUAUUUAUUUUAACACAUAUUGGUACAAGGAGACACCAAAUACAUAUGCGCCACACGAAUCUCAAUUGAUUUGUGUGAGGGCUGUGAAACUGUUCGGAUGCCCGAACCGAAGCAUUCCGUGUACAUAAACCUGCAUUUAGUUAAUAAGUUAUAUAUCACUGUGCCAAUUCGUUAUCGGACUAAACUUUGCCAAGAGUCCGUGAAGAUAAUUCGUCCCUUCUUACCCAAACAUUAGUUUUUUCAAGUCUAUAAUAGGUUUAAAUACAUAGAAAUUCACGGUCUGGAUUUUGUUCAUAAACAUGUCAAUCACUUGUGCUUUCCUAUUAAGACUAAAGGGAGAGAAACAAUUUCAUAUGGGUUAACAAAGUACAUUCUGGUUCUUAUUAUAGCGGAUUAUUGAUCCAAGGUACUACAAUAUUUUACACAGUGUACCCGUCGGAAUAGAAGCUACAGAAUUCCUACAGUCCAACGUUGAUGAUCUUGCUUGUUGGUUUUAUGAUCGUUAUGGUAAUUCAACAAAUACAAUGCAACGUCAGUCGUCAUGCUGUCAUAUGGUUCGUUUAAACGGUCUCAUCAAAUCUGUAAGCAUGGAGCAUUUAAGAUGCUUAAAGCAAACUUCUGUAGGUUAUUCACAGCAAACGAACGGUCUGAAAAAUUCAUUUAUAUCUUGUGAUCGGUUAAACACAACACCAUUUACAAACACAAACAUUCCAGUUGGGUCACGUUCAUCUGGAGAUGGUCAAACAGAUGAUGAAGAGGAAUUAAGCCGAGUUAAUUACCGAAUCACUCCUGACAUUCAGUCAAAAAUCAAUUCAAAUUCUUCAAAUGAAGUAAAAGUUUUCCUAGGUUCUCAGUCCAAUUUACAUUCACCAUCAAAUUCUUUUACACACGAUCAAAUUAAUACUAAACAUCUACUUCUUCCAGGUCGUUCCGCUUUUGAAAAACAUUUAGUUCGAGAAGUAGCGUACUUUGAAAUAUGUGAAUUUUUAAUUGGACAAAUAGAAGAAAUUUAUGAUAUGGAAAAUUGCGAGUUUUUGAAUUCUGUGUAUGGCGAAAAAAAUAAGGACAAAUCUUUACAAAUUCCUACUGACUUUCAGGUUCACAAAUCGAAUACUUUACCUUCAAGUCUACUCUCGUCACAUAUGACUUUGGUGGAUGUUACUGACCAAAAUUUACGUAGUCCAUUAAUCAAUUCAACAUUGCAUAGUCAAUCUAGAGAAACAGAUUACUGCGAGCAUUGUGUAGAUAGCGCGACUGGACUUGCAGUUUCACUAGUCAAUGCGUGUAUACAAAAAACUGCUCAAAACGAAAAACAAGAAAUGAUUUUGUUUAAAUUUUUAAAAUUACAAGAACUACUUCUCAAGACUAGUGAUAUUAACUGGGUUCGUUUAAAUCAGCAGUUUAUUGAAUCUCCGAGACCAACGAGGUUUAAUUAUGAUACUAAAUUUCAAAACUUUCCCGAAAAUAAUCGGCUAUCAAGUACAUCUAGUAAUUCAAUACAACUCAAUUCUCAGGGAAGGUGGAACACAUUUCAUCAUUUGACUUCAUUAUCGCAGUCAAGUAAUUCACAAAGAGCUAUGAAAUCAAUCUCACAAUCUGAUUAUUCCCCUUCAGUGUUAACCUCAUCUAGUUCAUUUGUUAAUCAUUCAACAACGCUUUCAAAACCUACUAUAAAUAAAUUAAGUAAUAAUUCAACUAUUAUCAUAGAUACAGUUUUGAAGAAUGAUAGUAGUAAUAAUAAGGAUAAUCAUGCUAACAAAAGGUCGUUAAUUUCUUUAAAUAAAGAUUUUCAAUUAUCGGAUAAAAUUAGAUCCGAUAAUCAAGACUAUUCUACAUCAUCAUUUUCACUGUCAUCAGCGUUUGGCUGUACACCUUUACCAUAUGGAUUGUUGAUCAAUCCACCUAUCCAAAAAUCUAAACGUAAAGGAGUUCUUGUUAGUCAAAAUAACCGAUGUGCCGGCUGCGGUGCCUUCAUUGAAACUCGAUAUCUUAAAAGAAUGCGUUUUUGUGAAUUUUUUGGUCGUUACUUUUGUUGUGUUUGUCAUUCGAAUACACUUAUGACUCUUCCUGGUAAUUUAGUGACCUGUUGGGAUUUUCGUAUGUUAUCAGUCAGUAAUUUUGCACGUGAUCGACUUCGUCAGUUGCACAAUCAACCUUUAUUAAGAACAAUCGAUUUUAACAAACAAGUUUUAAACCGUCAGUCUAAUCUUUUGAAUUGUUUGACUUUACGUAAACAAGGGAAUUUGAUGCUACCAUUUAUUCAACGGUGUCAAACAGCUCAACAAUUAGUCGAUUUUACUUCUAUACCAAGUCAUUGGUUCGAAACACCAAAUUUAUGGAGUAUGGCUGAUUUACAUUCUGUACAUGAUGGAAAGUUAUCAAUAACUUUACGUGCAUUACUCUUACCAAUAGUAGAGCAUAUAUCAAUAUGUAAACGAUGUUUAGCUUGUGGCUUUAUUUGUGAAAUAUGUAAAUCUGGUCAAAUUCUUUUUCCAUUCGGUCAAGUAAAUACCACAAUAUGUUCCGGUUGUUCAGCUUGUUUUCAUCGUGCAUGUUUAAAUUCCCCGAAUCCGGAAACAUGUCCAAGGUGUAUUAGACGUGCAGUUAAACGGGAACAAUUAAUUUGAAAAGACGUUAUUAGUUUUAUUGGUUUACUUUUUGUAAUAUGUCUACCCUCUUGUACCCCCUCCACACAUGUACAUCACUGACAACCUCAAUAUUUCACUCCAUUUUAUCAUCGCAAUAUCAAAACAGAAUAAUGAUCAAUCCCUGCGUUUAUUUUGUUAAUUGCAGCUAAUUAUUUUUCAUUACUGUAAAGUUGACAUGAAACUUGCCAUAAAAAUCAGUAUUUUAUUUUCGACGACACACUAUUCAUUUGAACAAUAAACUUUUAUUCUACGACUAAUAUUUUUAGUUAUCAAAUUUUUGUUAAUCUUUCUCUUUAUUUUCUCAACUCAGAAGUUUAUUAUUAUUAUUAUUAUUAUUAUUAUUAUUAUUAUUAUUACAAUUUUUCUACUGCAGUUUAUUACGAUACGUAAUGAAAACAGUUAAUCGCUAUUUAUUAAUUGAUUGAAACAUCGAAAAAAUGGAUGAUGACUAAGUUGGUUUUUCUCCUACUUUCAUGUCUUUCUAAUCUUUUUAUAACUUACUUCACACACGUAAUAUGGUAUACUCGAUUGUCCUUAAAAAAACUGUGCAAACUAGAUAUUAUCGACCUUCUUGAAUAUAAUCCAAGUCUGUGUUGUUUUAUCUCUAUAUGAUUGGUGAUGAACUGAAACAUUAUUUGUAAGAUGUUAAUUUCAUGAAUUUUGUGUGGGAAUAAUAUAAUUAAUUUGCCCACU